CGAAACUCGUCAAGCUGCUUCAGAGGGAAGUUCAGUAAACUAUACUGAAGAUGCCAAUGCUAGGGAAUAUGAAAUGAGAACUUGUGUUGCUCUGUAUUCAACCAGGACUAAUCCAAGGCGAACGCAGAAGAUGGUGGGGGAUUAGAUAGCGCCAUAGUCAUUGGGAAAAAUUCAAACUUUUCUACCCUAUACUACCACGGACCUGGACCAGAGAAGCCAAGAUUAAAUCUUGAUUGAAAAAUGAGGAGCAGCUUCAUCUGCUAGCAUGAAUCUCCUCCAUCUUCGCCCUUCUCCGGCUGCCAUCUUCCCUCCCUCUGCACUCCACCGCAUCUAUCUCAAAGCGAAGAGAAAAAAAACCAAAACGCAGCAACUCAAAUUCCACCAGAGAGCCGAUGGCGUUGUUCCCAUUGCGAGCUUACCCUAUCCGAAGUCAUCUCCCACCCCUCUCCUCAUAUCCGAGACGUCCACCUCCCUUACCACCGAAGAAGCCCUCGAGCGCAUAUUUCUCAACCUGCACUCCGCUCUCGCUGGAGGUAUCCACAUUGAACCCUCCACUUUCUCCUCCCUCCUGGAGCUCUGCUUCCGCAUCGAUCCUUCCCAGCGCCGAGCAGCCGCUCUGCACCGCCUCAUCCCGGCCUCCCUUCUCCAUUCUAGCGCCAACAUCUCCUCUAAGUUGAUUCGUCUCUACGCAUCCAGCGGCCUUGUAGAGAAAGCCCACAACCUCUUCGACAACUUGCCCCCCAGUCAUAAAACCGCAGCUUUCCCCUGGAACGCUCUCAUUUCCGGCUACGCAGACAUCGGUCUUCACGAGGAUGCUAUGGCACUCUACCAUCAGAUGGAGGAAGAAGGUGUCGAGCCGGACCGAUUUACUUUCCCUCGUGUCAUCAAAGCAUGCGCUAGUAUCGGAUCCAUCCCUCAUGGCGAGUCUGUACAUCGCCACCUCGUACGCUCCGGUUUCGCCACCGAACCUUUCGCGCUCAACGCGCUCGUCGACAUGUAUGCCAAGUGCGGUGACAUUGCCCGCGCCCGCCGUAUCUUCGAUCAGAUCCUCGAUCGGGAUCCCGUCGCCUGGAACUCCAUGAUUAACGGGUACAUCCGCCAUGGCUUAUUUGCGGAGGCCAUUGAAACGUGCAGAAGAAUGCUAGUUGGUGGUCUUGAGUUAGAUACUGUGACCAUCUCCUCGUUGCUUGCUGGUUGUGCUUCUUCGAAGUGCAACAUGGGUCUGGAGAUCCAUGGCUGGAUCCUCCGCCGCGGGCUUCUGCUGGGUGUAUCUGUAGCCAACUCUUUGAUCACUAUGUACUCUAUGCUCGGCCAAUUAGACCGUGCGAAGUUCAUUUUCAGUACCAUGCCGGAGAAGGAUUUGGUCUCCUGGAAUGCCAUUAUUUCUGCCAGCAGAAGAGACCGGCGGGUGCUCAGUAUAUUCCGGCAGAUGGAGGAUUCAGGUGUGUCGCCAGACGGCAUAACGUUUGUAUCAUUGCUCUCGGCCUGUGCUAAUUUGGGCCUUGUUGAAGAUGGCCGGAAACUGUUUGCUGAAAUGCAUGUGAGACAUGGCAUAAAGCCUGGCAUGGAGCAUUACGGGUGCAUGGUGAACUUGCUUGGAAGGGCGGGGCUUGUUGAGGAGGCCUACGAGCUUGUGUCAAGGAUGAUGCCGUUUGACGGUGGUCCGACGGUCUGGGGGUCGCUGCUUUUUGCUUGCUCUGUGCAUGGCAAUGUUAGCAUAGGAGAGAUAGCAGCUGAGCGAUUGUUCGAGCUGGAACCAGACAAUGAGCACAAUUUUGAGCUUCUCAGGAGGAUAUAUAGAGAUGCAGGGAGGCUAGAAGAUGUUGACAGAGUGGAGAAGUUGAUGAGAGCCAGAGGAUUGGAAUUUAGGCAAGUCUUUUAGAAAUUUUGGACUUGCGAUUCUCUUAAUGUUUAUUUUGUAAAUUUUAUGUUUAAUAAGAGUAAAUAGCUGUGUCAUUCAUAGCAAUUAAUCAUCUAGUUUUUAGUUUUGGUUAUACAAGCACUAAUAUAAACUAAUGUAUAUUGAAGUGGUUAUUGUGCAUUUAUCGGUGCCAUAGUGUUUGAGGGUGUAAUCUCCUACUGUGAGGUUGGGGGUUUGGA